AGGGAAUGAAAGAACAAAAGAAUGGAAGGACAAUAAAAGAAAUAAAAGAAAACGGGUUUUAUUCAGUUCACACUGAAGAAGUUUAAUAAGAGAAUUGUACACAUGCUCCCUCAUGAACGACCCAUGUGGAUGUGGGAAUUCCGCCUUUCCAACCCAAAACGCGAUCCCACCACCAAUCCUACACUCCUUGUAUCGCAAUGAACACGAAGACCCUGAUCAGAUCAUGGUAACCUCACCCACUUCCUGGCUCCGUUCGCGUCGGGUCCGCUACUGCUUCUUGUUACUGUGCUCGCCUCUCCUCGUGCCUUUCCUUUGCGCCACGUUCCCUCUUCUCUGCGCUGCCAAUCUCUGCCUCCGCGUCUACCGCCGCCGCCGCCGCCGCAGAGAGGACGCUCGGCUUUUGCGCUGUGAGGAGGGCUGUGGUGGUGUAGAAGAGGAAGAAGAGAAAGGAGGAAUGGGUUUGUUGCUGCAGCGGUACUUGGAGGAUCAGAUGCUUCUCGUUGGAUCUGUGUAUGAAUGCGGUGACGCUGAUGAUGAUGAUCCAACAACUCCCCUAUUGGGCUAAGUUGACUUUUGCUGCUUUUAUUUUUUUUUCUUCUUGUUGUAAAUGUAAUUUUUUUUUUUUUUUUUUUUUUGGGGUUUGAUAUUUUUGUUUUCUUUUUUCUGAUUUUGAUCUAAUUUAUUUAAUUAGUUUUAGUUUUGAAUAUGAUGUUGUUGAAUUUUUGUAUUUUAUCAAAAUUUAUGAAUGAAGUUUUACAACGAAGGAAUAGGAUACAAAUGGAAAGCUGGAUUAAAUUGUGGAGUUU